AUGAGAGUUUUGGGUGUAAUUUGCGCUAAAAAUGUGGGUUCUGUUUUGUUAGGGGGUUGCAUUUUGCAGUACUGGAAGUUUCGUGGGGUUUCUACGGCUUGCAGAUGUCCAAUGUGUUGUUCAAGGGUUACCAAAUUGACACCAGAGGCGUCAUUACUUAAUCAGCAAGAGGAGGAAGUUACAAAGGUGAUGGAACAGGUUCAGAAGUAUAAUCGUUUUUUUGUUGGAGGUGUACGUGGUCUUGUCCAGUCUGGUCAAGAUUUGUGCUGGUCCGGCAACUCUACCUUGAGAGCUCGCCAGUCAUUUAAGUUCAAGAAAUUUUAUGUUCAUGGACUGGAGUAG